AUGUCUUCCUCCCCACCAUUUCAUGAACCAUCAUCCAUCCUUUCGGCUAAAGACUGGGCCUCUCCCGACGACCCUGACGACCCUCGCAACUUCUCUUUCCGUCGCAGAGUGAUCUCUACAGUUUCUUACACCCUUCUUGCCUUCGUCUCUACUUUCGCCGCAUCGCUGUACUGCGCCGGUGUCGAAGAUGUCCGCGAUGAGUUCAACACAUCCGAAGAAGUCGCCAUCCUGCCACUCGCCAUGUACAACCUUGGCAUGGCCGCAGGUCCGCUCGUUGGAUCGCCGCUCAGCGAGACAGCUGGAAGGAAAGUGGUCAUAUUGAUCACCACACCCAUAUUCGCGCUCUUCAUCCUCGGUGCCGGCUUCUCGCCAAACAUGGCCAGCCUCGUUGCCUGCCGUUUCUUCGCUGGCGCAUUUGCAGCUCCUGCGAUUGGGAACGCUUCCGCUACCAUCUCCGACUACACCGCUGGCAAGGACCGUGCCGUCACAUUGGGCUUCUAUUACACCGUGCCUACAUUCGGCGCUGUUCUUGGUCCACUGAUUGGAGGCUUCGUGGUGCAAGGGAAAGGCUGGCGUUGGACGCAGUGGACCACGAUCUUCUUCAUCGUGGCCUUUUACGUUCCCAUCGUCUUCACAAAGGAGACCUACAAAAAGACGAUCCUGCAAAGGCGUGCCGAUAAGCUGUCAAUCGAAGGACCUUCCAGCGUUGAUCGUACCUUCCUCCAGUCAAUCCAUUACUUCGCCACCAUCCUGCUCGUGCGUCCAGCUCACAUGCUCCUCACUGAGCCCAUCGUCUCCCUUGUCUGCCUCUAUUCCGGCUUCCUCUUCGGACUGAUGUACACCUUUGUCAUCGCGUCUCCCUGGGUCUAUCGCAACACAUACGACUUCACACUCACGGGACAAUCGCUCUCCUUCCUCGGUCUCAUCAUAGGCUGCGCACUCGGUCCUCUACCUCUCAUCUUCAUUGACCGCAAAGUCUACCAACCUCGCUUUGCCGCUUUCCGUUCAUCUCACCCCGAAGAGGACAGAUUCCCACCAGAACACCGCCUCUAUCCAGCCAUGUACGCAUCACCUUUCCUCCCCACAUUUCUCCUCCUCUUCGGCUGGACCGCUCGGCCUUCAAUACACUUCGUCGUCCCGAUCUUGUUCCAAGGCUUCGCUAUGCUGUGUUCUGUCGUGAUUUACGCUUCGGCGAACCUCUUCAUGAUGGAGACAUACGGACCAUUAUAUGGAGCUUCGGCAGCGGGUGCGGCGAUGCUAAGUCGAUACUCUCUGAGCGCCGCCUUUCCGCUAUUUUCCUUGCAGAUGUACGAGGGUCUUGGAACGGGCUGGGCGACGACUGUGUUGGCGGCGUGUACAGUGCUGAUGGCGCCGAUUCCGUGGGUGUUCUGGAAGAGAGGAGAGAAGUUGCGACAGAGUGGAAAGUACGAGACUAGUGCCUAG